AUGGCGUUGUUUUCGGCUGUGGAAGCAUGGCACCCUGGGUUGAGCCCUGGAGCCACGCCAUCGGUUGAUGGCGAUCAUCCAAGGGGAGGGGCGGUGCGGGGAGCCCUCAGCCAGGAAGGUGACAUUUCCCUGCAGGAACACGCGCCCCAUGAGUCGUGCUACCUCAUCUAUUACGUGCAGAAUGCGAGUGACCACACCGUUCCCCCCCAAGCAGCACCACGAGAAGAGGCCAGGCCGAUGUACGGACAAGUCAAAGACGAGCUGAAGCAUAGCAAGCUCUCUCAUGAUAUCCGGCUUCAGCUCUUUCCGCUCUUGUGGGCGUCGUUCCUGUCCACAUCCAAGGGCAUCCUUCUCCAAAGGGAGCUCAGGAACGGGACCUGCCAAGCUCAGCCUAAUUCAGAUCAUCCAAGCGCAGGGGGUUCAGCCCGUCCGCUUUGCGCACCGCCAUCCGUGGACUCCAAUGCCUUCGUCAACAACCUGGGGGGCAAAGCGUCCCUCCGCAAGGACCUCCGCUUCAAGCUGUUCAAGGGCGCGUCUAUCCAGUUCAAGGACACCAAGAAUGCCGACCAGAUGAUCGCCAAGGUGGCCACCAUGCCAAAGAUCAAGGCUGUCUACCCGGUCCGGCGCUAUCCCGUCCCGCGCCACGUCGUCCAUUCCACGGGUGACGCCGUCGAGGCCGUUCUGUCUAAGCGGCAAGAGGGUAGCGAUACUUUCAGCACGCACCUGAUGACCCAGGUGAACAGGUUCAAGGACAAGGCUGUCACCGGGAAGGGCAUCAAGAUCGGCAUUAUUGACACAGGUACCGACUACCUCCACCCGGCCCUUGGUGGCUGCUUCGGCGAGGGCUGCCUGGUCUCGUACGGCACCGACCUGGUCGGCGACAAGUUCAACGGCGCCAACACGCCGGUGCCGGACGCGGACCCGCUCGACGAGUGCAACGGCCACGGUACGCACGUCGCCGGCAUCAUCGCGGCCCAAUCCAACAACCCGUACGGUAUCGUCGGAGCCGCGGAGGGCGUCACCUUGGGCUCGUACCGCGUCUUCGGCUGCACCGGCGACGUCGGCAAUGACAUCCUGAUCGCCGCCUACAACAUGGCGUACGAGGACGGCAGCGACAUCAUCACGGCCUCGAUCGGCGGCGCGUCCGGCUGGAGCGAGGACCCGUGGGCCGCGGUGGUCUCCCGCAUCGUCGACAACGGCGUUCCCUGCGUGGUCUCGGCCGGCAACGACGGUGCGGCGGGCAUCUUCUACGCGUCCACCGCUGCCAACGGCAAGAGGGUCACCGCCAUCGCGUCUGUCGACAACACCGUCACGCCCGCGCUCCUCAGCAACGCCUCGUUCUCCAUCAACGGGACAUCGGACUUCUUUGGCUUUACCGCUGGCGAGCCGGGGACUUGGGAUGAUGUCACCCUCCCUCUCUGGUCCGUCGGCUUCGACACGACCGACCCGGCCAACGGAUGCGAGCCCUAUCCCGACUCGACCCCCGACCUGUCCGGGUACAUUGUGCUGGUUCGCCGCGGCACCUGCGCAUUCGUGGACAAGGCGGCCAACGCUGUAGCCAAGGGAGCCAAGUAUGUCAUGUUUUACAACAAUGUGGAUGGGACCGUCAGCGUGUCGGCCAACGUGGAGGGCGUCGUCGGCGUCGCCAUGGUCACGCCGGAGCAGGGCGAAAUCUGGGUCCGCGCACUCGAGGCGGGAUCCGAGGUGGUAGUCCACAUGACGGACCCCCUCAAAGCCGGCACCUUCCUCAGCUCCUCCAAGAACACUCUCAGCGGCGGGUUCCUAAGCGACUUCACCAGCUGGGGCCCCACGUACGAAGUGGAGGUGAAGCCUCAGUUCUCGACCCCCGGCGGCUUGAUCUUGUCGACCUAUCCCCGUGCUCUUGGUUCAUACGGCGUGCUCUCCGGAACCUCGAUGGCGUGCCCCAUGGCCGCGGCCAUCUACGCCCUGCUCAUGACCGCGCGGAACACCAAGGACCCCAAGACACUCGAGAACGUGUUGUCGGCCACAGCACGUCCCAACGUCUUCCGGCUGCAAGGUAAGUCUCUGCCUGUGCUCGCCCCGGUGGCACAGCAGGGCGCCGGUCUGCUCCAGGCCUGGGAUGCCGCCAGGGCGACAACCCUGCUGAGCGUGUCGAGCAUUUCCUUCAACGACACGGACAACUUCAGCCCCGUGCAGAACUUUAGCAUCUCCAACACGGGCGCGACCGCAGUGACCUACUCGUUGAGCAACAUCGGUGCCGCUACCGCCUACACGUUCAAUGACGAGAAGACCAUCAGCCCGGCCGCGUUCCCGAACGAGCUCACCGGCGACUUCGCCUCGCUGUCGUUCAGCCCGAGCAACUUCACCAUCCCCGCCGGCCAGCGCAAGAUCAUCACCGUGACCGCGACCCCUCCCAAGGGCGUCAACGUGAAGCGGCUACCCGUCUACUCGGGCUACAUCGCCAUCAACGGAUCCGACAGCUCGGCGCUCUCGCUCCCCUACCUCGGCGUGGCGGGCAGCAUGCGCUCCGUGGUGGUGCUCGACUCCAAAGCCGCCCUCAUCAGCAGCGCCCGCGACCAGAGCAACACGCCCGUGCCCGCGGGCGUCACCUUCGUGCUCCCCCCGCCGGGCUUUUCCAACGACUCGUCCUACGCGAACCGCACCGAGCGGCCCAAGCUGGUCGUCAGCCUGGCCAUGGGCUCCGCCGUGCUGCGCGCCGACAUCGUGCCCGUGAGCAACUGCACCACGGUCGCGCGCACGGCGGGCGUCGUCUUCGGCACCAAGACCAUCGGUCAGCCCGAGGGCCUGCCAGCGCUGUGGAACCCGCGCGGCCGCUUCGAGUACAGCUGGGACGGCAAGCUGGACGACGGCACCUACGCGCCUGCGGGGCGGUACAAGUUCGCCGUCAAGGCCUUGCGGAUCUUUGGGGACCGGGAGGAGGUUGCCGACUAUGACGCGGCCGAGACCACCGACUUCAGGAUCCGUUACCUGCCGGCCCCGUCCGCCAAGUUCAGGAGGCAGGAGCAGGGGUGCGAGUGA